AUGAUUAAAGCGAAACAAUCCGGAAAGAAAAUAAGGCCAGAUUUGGAUGAUGAGGAACACUUAAUCUGUUCACAUCUAUCUAUCUAUCUAUCUAUCUAUCUAUCUAUCUAUGUCGGUCUGUUCAUAUCUAUCUAUCUAUCUAUGGACAGUUCUCUCUCUUUUUGUCUCUCUCUCACUCUAUCUAUCUAUCUAUCUAUCUAUCUAUCUAUCUAUCUAUGGAGAUUUCUCUCUCACUUUAUUUAUCUAUCUAUCUAUUGUGAUAUAUCUGUCUUAUCCUAUUCAUAUCUAUUCAAAUCUAUCUAUCUAUCUAUUUGUUCAUUAUCUAUCUAUCUAUCUAUCUAUCUAUCUAUCUAUCUAUCUAUCUAUCUAUGUCAUUUAAUGUUUCUGUUCUCAUUCCUUCCAUCUUUGUACCAAUUUUCUCUACUUCUUUUCUCUAUCGCCUCAAAGACUGAUUCAUUUUGUUUUCCCUUUCUUCCCUGCUUCUUUUCCCAUUCUUUGAAACUUCUUUGCCAUAGAGUUUCAACUUGCAUCAUUAAUAUCUAUCUAUCUAUCUAUCUAUCUAUCUAUCUAUCUAUCUAUAUAUCUAUCUAUCUAUCAUAUGUAUUGUGUUUAUUUCCACCUGGAGGAACCUAUUUACUUCUACCAGCGUCCCAAUAUUCUUCUUCUUCUUCUUCUUCUUCUUCUUCUUCUUCUUCUUCUUCUUCUUCUUCAGUCUCUUUUUCAAAUUUCUCUCUUUAUGUUUUUCUUCCUUUUUUUCCUUUUUAUUUUCAAUGCUUCUUUUCUUUUUCUUUUUUUUCUUUUUUCCUUCCAUUUUCUUUCAGUUCUGCCGUUUCAUUUCUUGAUUCCACUUCUCUUGCUUUUACCUUCACAUUUUUUUUAUCGUUUCUUCCUUUUUUUUCUCUUAUUUCAUUUACUUUCUCCUUCCCGUUCUGCUUUUUUCAGUUUCUACUUCAUUCUAUUUUCUUGGGUUAA